AUGGAUGAAAGCCACAGUUUGGUAUUAAACGAAGAAGCUUUCGAAUCAUGUCCCGAACAAAAAAGAUCAAUAUUUAUAUAUGAAUGGCUUCGAUAUCUUGAUAGAAUACUUCCGAUAACUCAAAGAGAAGAUUUGAAAAAUGUGAAACAAACACUUAUUAGUCAACUUGAAUCUCGUCUUUAUCAACAAAAUGGUCCACCAACAAGAAAACUUAUAUCAAGAUGUAUUGCACGUGUAUAUUCAUUAAGUGGAGAUACUUCUUCACUUUUAACAACAAUCAAUUCAUGUAAUGAUACAUUAAAAGUCAAAGAUGAGUCACCCAAACAGGUCCAAGCCAAAUUGUAAGUUUCUUUUUUUUUCUUAAAAAAUAUUAAUAAUAUUUUUGCAGAGCAGCUUUAUCAUGUUUAUCAGCUCUUUAUGAUACAAUGGGUCGAUUAGUUGGUAGAUCAUUUGAAGAAACAUUAGUCAUAUUACAAAAAUGGAUGAAAAGUGCAGAAUCACAUUCAAGAGCACAUAUUAUGAUGACAUUAACAAGUAUGGUUAAAGGAUUAGGAAAUGGUCAAUCAACUGUACAUAAAGAUAUUUUCAAAAUGGCUAAACAUUCGAUUCAGGAUCGGUCUAUUCAUGUCAAAAUUGCUACGUUAGAGGUAAAAUAUUUUUUGGAAAUUUCAAAAACCGCUAAUGUUUGUUUGUUUGUUUUCAGUGCCUAACUGCUCUUGUCGCUGUUUAUACUCCAAUUUAUACAACUGAACUUGAUGCUUCUUGUACAAUGUGUGUUAAAGUUUUGGAUGGUUCGAAUUAUGAUUUGAGAUGUGCGGUUGCGAAAUUUAUGGCUCAACUUCUUUCAACAUCUAUGAAUCCACCACCACAAUCAGUUAUUCGUGAGUUUUUUCUGAUCUACUUAUAUAUAUAUUGAUUGAAAACAUACAAUUGAGAAGAUAAUAUGUUAUCUGAAUUUUCUCUUCUUCUGAAGCAUAAAUAAAAAAUAGGAUUUAUUCUGACUUACAUAUGAAAGCUUCUCUGUGAUUCUGAAUUUUUCUUUUUAAAAAAUGCUCACGUCUUUAUUCCAAAAAAAAUGUCCAGUUCACGUUUCUUAUCUGAUCUUUUUCCCCUUUGUUUCAUUAUUUAAUUUUUGGUCAUUUUUCGAUUUUAUUCUAACCCUAACCAGACAAAAUUGAAAUGACGUGAGUUGAGAUACUGUAUGUAUGUAUUAUGAGUAAAAAACAAAGGGAAUGUUUUCGCUACUAAUUUUAAUGAAAUAUUUUCAGAAGUAAAAUCAAAUCAAAGUGUUCCUGUUCGUCCAGCUUCGGUGACUGAUACAUUUUCACUUUUAUCAAAUGGUUUCAUUCGAGGAGGAAUUGGUGGAUUUUUGAAGAAUAAUUCAUCAAAUUUUCCGAGUUCUGGGGGUUUAACUGAUGUUCGAAUUGGAAUGUCUUUGUGUUAUGUUGAAGUUGUGAAAGAAAUGGGAUCGGCUUGGUUGGAAAAACAUCUGGCUGUUGUUUGUGGACAUUUGAUUGAUUUGGCUGCGAAAUGUGGGAAUUUGGCGUUUACGCAGUAAGUUGAAGUUUUUCAUUUAAUUUGGCUCCAAAAUAAUUCUCCCGUAAAUUUAAAAAUUACAAUAAUUUGUAAGUUUUUCAAUUUCUCAAAUUAAUUUUUUGUCAGAAGUGCUACUCAAAUAUCCGAAGCUCUUCUGCUUCGUCGAUGUGUUUCUUUUAUUCUCCGCCAAACUUGUGGAACACUUCUAGGCGAAAAUGCUCAAAUAUUGGCGUGCAAACAUUUGGGAACACUCUUAGCACAAUAUAUAAAUUCAAUUCGAAUUGAUACUGAAAUUGGUAUGUUUUCGUAUAAUCCUCAUUUGACUCUUUUCCCACACUUUCUUAUUUAUUGUAUUUCAGAAAAUGAAUUGAUUGAUGAUGAACUUUAUUCAAGUGCCUAUGCUUCGAUUACAAUUCUUCAAGAAAUUUCAGUAUUAGUUCGACAAAUUGGAACUGCUGUUAUGCCAAUUUUUGUAGAAGCAACUGGAAUAUUAGAACAUAUAUUUGGAUGCCUUCUUCAUCCAAUUCCAUCUGCGAGAUAUGCAACAGCUUGGUGUUUGAAAUGUAUCGCUACAGCUGUUCCAAAUCUUCGAACUCCACUUAUUGAUCGAUGUAUUUUACGAUUAGAACAAAUGAAAUCAUCAUCAGAUGCAAUUAGUGGAUAUUCAAUGGCACUUUCUGCAUUACUUUCAACUUCAAAUGAUCCAUCUCGUUUAGGUGUUCCAUUUUCAAAACCAUUAAAAAUUCUUGAAAUUGCUGAAGAUUUAUUAAAAACAUCAUCACAACAACCAAAGUUAACAAUAGCAAAACUUGAAUCUGGUUGGAAUUUGAUGUAUUCACUUGUUUCACUUGGUGCUCCUGUUAUCAAAGAACAUCUUCAUCGAAUUAUUCGAUUAUGGAAAGCUGUAUUUCCACGAAGUUCAAAAGAAGCUGAAGCUGAAAGUAAUCGAGGUGAUUCAUUUUCAUGGCAAUGUUCAAUGAUUGCACAAGCUGGUGCAUUAUCUGUUAUGGAAGCUGUUGCAAGACAAAAUGAAUUAUAUACAGUUGGAGGAGCUGUUGAAUCAAUGAAAAUACCAAUUGAAUGUAGUUUGGUUAUGAUGUCACAGUAAGUUUGAAUGCAACAUUGUUAAUAUCACCGAUUUUUUGCAGAGUUGGAAAUCUUAUCAAAAACUAUGGCAAUAAAAUGCGUCAAUUGAAUAGUCUUGUACGAAUACGAGUAUAUCGACUUUUACUUCUUCUUCCACAUAAAAGUUUCGAAGGAUGUUAUGUUGCACUUCUUCGUGAAAUGGUUGCUGAUAUAACUCUUUCGGAUAAUGCUCAAAGCACUUUAACAACAUCAAUUCCUCAAAAAAUGUUUCAAGGAGUUGAAAAGAUUCUUAUUUCACCAACAUUUGAUGCAACAGAUUAUUCAAUGAUUGAAGAUUUAUUGAGCAAUGCAACAUUUACUAUUUCAAUUGGAGAUUUGAACGAUGAUUUGACGAAAUUGAUAACAAGUUCAGCUGAUGAAAAAUGGCCGGAAAAUGAGUCAGAACCAUUGACUUGUUUGAAUACUGCUCUAUUUACAUAUGGAAAAGUAUUCCCAUUGGUUUCUAGUAAACACAAGAUUCAAAUCACUGAACAUUUUACGGAUACAAUUAAAAAUUGUAAGAAUACUGCAAGACAACAAGCAAUUCUAUCAAAUGCAGUUGCUGGAACACUUUUAGCAUUCAAAACACUUUGUGAACAACGUGGAUAUCAUACAGAUAAUGAACAAUUACAAAAAGCAUGUGUUGCUUUGAUAAUUCCAUGUCUAACAAAUUCAUGUCCAUUGACUCGAUUAGUUGGAGCUGAAGCAUUGGCAAGAUUAUCACAAUCUGUUGGAUCACCACAAUUUGUUGCAUCUAUGGCUCAAUAUUGUUUUAAUCAAUUGAAAAAUUCGAAAGAUGCUGCAAGUCGUUCUGGACAUGUUUUGGCUUUGGGAUGUUUGCAUAGGUAUGUUUCACAAAAUUGAGAAAUUUUGUAGAUCAUAUUUUUCUAGACAUGUUGGAUCACUUGGAAGCGGGCAACAUUUGAAUACGGGUGUUUCUGUGGUUUUGGCUUUGGCUCAAGAAUCAACACUUCCAAAUGUUCAAACUUGUGCUUUGGUUUCAAUGGCUUUAAUAGCUGAAACUGGCGGUGGAAUGUUCCGAGGAUUUGUUGAAACUGUUUUGAGUGUUUGUUUGAAAUUGCUUAUCUCAACACCGACUUUUGUUGUUGAUGUUGUUCAAGGAGUUAGUAAAUUGGUUAGUUUUAUUUUUUGAAAAUCCUCAUUUUCUUAAUCAUAAAUUAAUACUUUCCAGCUGACUGCUUUGAUAACUUGUGUUGGACCAGAACUCAGUUGUCCUGGAGUUAUUGACGGUGUUCGAACUUCUCUUUUAGCUGCUUGUGCUAUUCAACUCGGACAUAAUGAUAGUUUUAUUCAAGCUGAAGCGGUUUUAGGAUUACAACAAAUGCAUUUAUUCGCUCCAAGAUAUGUUCAUAUGAAUCAACUUGUUUGUGAUAUUUGUGUAUUUUUAUCAUCUCCACAUUUGGUUAUUCGAAAACAAGCUGUUAGUUGUCUCAGACAAUUAGUUCAACAAGAAUCUAAAGAGGUAAUGUACAUUUUAUUGAUCUAUUCAUUUUCUCAUUCAAUUGGUGUAUUUUAGGUUCGAAAUCAUGCGCAAGUUUUAGUUCCACAAGGUGUUGUUGAUUCGAGCAAGAAAAAGUUUACACUUCCAGAAAAUGGUUUAGAAGGAGCACUUUUUGGAAUGCUUGAUUAUGAAGUGAAUCGAGAAAUUCGUCAACAUAUUCAAGAAACUCUUAUAUCACUUGUACAAGGAACAAGUGGAGAAUUAUUGAAUAAUUGGUUGAUGUUAUGUAAAGAAAUAUUGGCAACAACAUCUGAAAGUGGCAAAAAACGAAGAAAUAAAGAUGAAUCUACAACUGGAACAACUAUAACAAAUAGUGAAAUGGAAGAAAAUGAUGAAGAUGAAGAUGGAGAUGAUGAUACGAAUUUAGCUGGAAUAUCAACUAUUGAAGAUGAUAAAGGAAAAGUUCAGCCAAGAUGGAAAACUAAAGUAUUUACAAUGGAUAUUGUGAAUCGAUUGAUGAGUGUUUGUGAUACGGAAAGAGCACAUUUGGAUAUGGCUUUGGCAAAAGAAUUACAAAUGACAUCUGGUGGAAAAAAUGAUUAUUUAGUAUUACAUUUGGCUGAUUUAGUUCGAAUGGCAUUUAUGGCUGCAACAAGUGAUAGUUCUCACCUUCGAAUUGCUGGAUUAAAAUCACUCGAAGAAGUUAUUAUUCGAUUUUCGGCAAUUCCAGAACCAGAAUUUCCUGGACAUAUGUUACUUGAACAAUUUCAAGCACAAGUUGGAGCUGCUCUUCGACCUGCUUUCACAGAUGAUACUUCAAGUAAUGUUACAUCAGUUGCUUGUCAAGUUUGUAGUACUUGGAUUGGAAGUGGAGUUGCAAGAGAUUUGAAUGAUUUGAAAAGAGUUCAUCAAUUAUUAGUUUCUUCUUUGGCAAAAUUGAGACAAGGAAGUGUGAAUGUACAAUUGUAUAGUGAAUCAGCGGCCACAUUGGAAAAAUUAUCCAUUUUGAAGGUAUAGUUUUUUGAUAGAAAUGAAAACUUUCAUUGUUCGUAACUAGAAAAUUCGGAAAACUGAAUUUAUAAGAACAUAUACAUUUUAGGAUUACUGUAGCUAUGUAGGAAUGGGUUUUCAAUAGGGUAAAUCUACAAAAUAUUUUCUGAAACUUUCUAAUUUUAGGUUUAAACAACAAAUUAGAACUUAGGCUCAAACAGAAAAUUAUAUUUAUUCUCGAAAUUUUAGGCUUCCAGUAAUUUUUAUUGUUAUUUUUCAGGCUUGGGCAGAAGUAUAUGUGACUGCAGUUGAACAAGAUCAACAGAAAAAUGAAGUAAAUAAUGAACAUUACGAGUACAAUGGACCUGUUUCUCUUUUAUCUCUAGUCGAACCUGAAACCAAUUCUCUAAUAGUUUAUUGGCUUGCUGCUUUAAAUGAUGCUGCUCUUCUUGCACUUCCAAAUCAGUAUUCGGAACAAGUCCAAAAUAAAUCUGGAACAUUUUUCACAUCUCAUAGCGCUGAAGCCUGUCGAGAAUAUUAUGCAAUUUGUUGGCCACCAAUAUUAUUAGCAUCUUCAACAUGGCUUUCAAAACAUAAUUUCACACUUCCGUCAAGUAUUGAUUUGAUGAAAGAUACAUCAACAAUUUGGAGAGAUGAUGGAAAUAUUGAACGAUUCUAUUUAUUAAUUGGAAUUGCUGUUGAAGCAUUGAGUAAUCGAACAAGACAAAUUGAAGAUGAAACUAUUCAAAUGUGUGUUAAAUCACUUAAUCGAUUAUUUUCAUCAGAAUGGUGUCAAAUGCAAUUAAUGAGUUCGCCUGAUAUCAAUGUUGCUAUUGAAAUAUUCUAUGUUUUACAUCGAAUUAUUUUGACACGCGAGAAUUUGACAACACAAAUGCAAUGUUUGGAAUGUGCAAGUUCAAUAAUUGAUGCUGCAAAACUUUCGAUUCGAAUAACUCAAAGUCGAGAUAUUUCAAACGGAAAUGUUGCAAAUGAUACGAAUAUUGAUUUGUUUGAAGGAGAUGAAGGCGGUGAAGAUGGAAAGAUUCAUGAUACAAUCAAAAAGACUUUAAGUUAUGCAACUCUUGAACUUUGUGUUUGUGUCAUAUUCAAACAAAUGCCACAAAUCAAUUCGAGUCAAUUUCAUAAAUCAAAUGCAUUUUUGCAUUUACGAAAAGUCGGACGACUUCCAAUUGAAUCUACUCAUUUAGUUAUUCGAAGCAUGCAAAUUCUCAUUCAAAUUCCAAUUCUUUGCUCACCGCAAGCUAAAAUUACUGUACUGCCAGUUAUUAUGUAUUUAUUAUUAGGAUUUGUUCGAGAAUCUGCAAGAAUUGAUGAAGUUCAAAAUCAAGAAAGAAGUGGACAUUUGAGUGCGAUUGCAACUUCUGCUAUUCAGGUUUGUGAACUUUGGAAGCAUGGAAGCUCCCAAAACUGUGAAGGGGAAAUCAUGACAUUUGAAAAAAUUUUUCGAGGGGGGAUCAUUUUGGAAAAUUUUGAAUUCACGCUCGAAUCAAAAUUUUGAUUUGGGCGGGGGCUAAUGAAAAUUCACGCUCGAAUCAAAAAAAAAAUUUUCCCACCCAAAUCAAAAAAUAGAAAAAUAAAAUUGAGAAUUUUAAAAAUAAAAAUAAAAAAAAAUUGAGGGGGGGGGGAUCAUGACAUUUCAACAUUUUGGGGAGGGGGGAGAUCAUUACAUGCGGGGUCUGUUGGACGAAGAUGCCAUGUAUGUUUGGAAGAUUGAGAAAAAAUAAUUAUUAGUUGGAUUUUCGAGUUUUACCAAAUUUAUUCUCAAAUCAAAUAAAUUGCAUUUUUUUCUUUUAAAAAAAUUUUUUGGAAACAAAUCUGAAAAUUAUUUAUUCAAUUUUAUUCCGUUAAUUUUAUCACAAGUUUUCAAAUAAUGUUUCAAUAUUUUCAUUCUCACGAGAACAAAAAAAUCUGAUAACUAUUCCAAAUAUACAAUAUUGUUUAGUGUAUUCGAUCAAUUGUUUCUCAAUCACCAAAUGAUUCAACCCAAUCUGCAUGGAUUACAAUAAUGCGAAACUCAUUCUACUCGGUUUUGAAUAUGUCAGAAGAUAAUGAACGAAUUCAAUUGGAUAAAUGUAUAAUAAUGUUAUCGGCUGUCGUUUUCACAACAUCUGCUCCAAUGAAUGUUGUUCUAGCACAUCAGGAAUCAUUCUCAAAACUCAUUGUUUUGAUCAAAAAUCAUUUGAGAAGUGAAAAUGUGUCGAUUGUCCUCAAGACUUUGCAAUCAAUCACUUCAAUUUUCAAUCGAAAAGCUUUCAGUGGAAUUUUUAUCAAACAUUUGGGAAAUGAAAUUAUGCGAAUUGUCGAUGAUUUUAUAGUUCAAAUCAAUAAAGAGAACAAUGUUCUGAAAGAAACUGAUGUUGCUGUUAUUCAAGAAUGUAUUAAAGUUAUUGAAGUAUUGGCAAUUAAUGCGAACGAAAAGAAAAGUUGGUUUUUUCAACAACAAAAUUUUUUUUUUGAAUAAUACACAAUUUUAAUUAAAUUUGUUUUCAGAACUUCAAAUGAUAUCGCUACUUGUUCAAUUUCUUGUUCGACUUCUUCGCGCAACAACUCAUCAAGAAUGGCGAAAAGUUGGUGCAAUUGAAAAGAAGUUGCACGAAAUUGCAAUUGGUCGACUAAAUGCCGCUGCUUCGAUGUGGCCAGUUGAAUUUAAACAAGUUGUUGAUUGGGAUCAAAAAUUGAAAGAACGAUUAGAAAGUGCACUUUUGCUACAAACAACAAGACAUGCUCAUCAAAAUAUUAAGCUCAAUGACACCAAGGUAAAGUUUUCUGGGAUAAUUUCUUUCUCUUUAUUUUCAACUCGAAAAAAUUGGGGAAAAAUCAGAAAAAGCCCCAACCAAGUUUGAACAAUUGUAAAAAACUUUUAAAAUAUUCAGUUUUGAGUUUUUUCAUAAUUUUUUGGAAACCUGUUUUUCCUAAUCGUCGGAAAAUCCGGAAAAGAACUGAAUUUCAUUUUCUUUUUAAAAAAAUCAUUCAUAAAUAUUGCAGACAGCUCCAAUUGCUCAAAAACCAAAAAUCGAACUACGCAUGUUCGGACAAUAA